CCUACCGGCCGCCAGAGGAACUACAGCGGUAAACAAAGCCCCAGACGGCGGAGGGUUUGAACGCAAGCCAAUAUGUUCUCUCGUUCACUCAGGAGGUUCAGUUCGUCGUUUGUUCAGCCCAAGUCUUAGCAGUCAGCCAAUGCCAUGGCGGACAGAACCCUCCCCCCCCAAGUGGAGGGGCCGUCACAGGGCCGCCUCGAUAUGAUAGUUGGUCGUCCGUCUUUGUUCCCCGCACCCAAAGCAACACAAACCUUCGUCUUCACAUUCCGGUGGUGGGGGGACACGCAACCCUGUGUAUUACGGCUUCCUCCAAACAAAAGCGAAGUAAGAAUUGUUUAUCACAUAACAUGCAGCCCUCGGUCCUUCCGUCAGUAUCUUCUGGAUGCUGGAAGCCUGCAUGUGAGCCUCAGGAUAGAAGGUUCUGGGAAAACGCACGAUAUGGAGGAGGACCAUCAGUUAAACAACGAAUUACAGAAUCUGAAGAAAUCUGGAAUAGAAACCCCAAGACAAAAGUUGCUAAGAAGGCAGCUGCGUCUCAAGAAGGGCUGGCAAGAUGGGGAUGUUGUUGGGAGCUUCAUGUUGCCAGACAUGAAGCUAAACACUAGAGGUGACUAUGUCCGUGAGUGCCGGAUAGUCGACUCCUCUGCUGAUAUUGUUGGCACGAUUGUGGUGACGUUGGUAUUUCUUGAAGGCAGUCUGGAUGACUUUCACCACCUGAAGAUAUCAAAUGAUGAACAAACAUCACCAAAUGACAAGAGCAGUGAAACAAGACCCAAAGCUCGGCCCUCUGGAAUCCCAGUGAGGGAGACCCAUGCUAGUAAAAUUCCCAAGAACGUCAAUGAGGGAUACAGACCGAGGAGUCGAAGUAGUAGCUUCAGGAAUUCUCCAAGAUCGAAGAGUGAGCCACUGAAGUCUCCCAGGAAACAGCAAGGGGACCACCUGAUCCAGGGUUACCAGGGGAAGGAAAACGAGGCUCCACCAAGAAUGAGGGAGGCCAAGGGGAGUCAGCCAAUGGAGAGCCAAGAGCCCCAGGUUGUGCUGCGGAGAGGGAGGGGUGAGAACCAGUCUCUCAUCAGGGAACGGCCAGCAAGUUGGGGUCUGUAUCCUCUGUUAAAUGGGGCGGAUCCAUAUUCCUUAGUUGCCAUCUCCUACCUGUGUGGAUUCUCGUCCCAACUCCAUCACCAUUCCAGACGCGAAACUGGCCUAAACACCUGCACCUCUCCACAACGUUUUCAUCUACUUGAGUCUGGAGCUGUGAAGAAGGAAGACCUUCCUAUCCUCAUGCAGGUCUUGGAGGGUAGAUCACCUAGUCUUGAUCUUUCCAACCUUGACCCAGACACACAGAAGCUCCUUGAGGGACUAGACCUGUCCAUGAGCUUCUCGGGAAUCAGCACCACAUCCCCAGGGAGAAGCUUCUCCAGGAGUGACACCUCAGGAAUGGAGAAGCAGGGAGAGAAAUCCAGAUCACAGGGGUUCUCUGUCUUCAAGGGGAAUGAACAGGAUUCAAUGAGCUUCUCAGGCAUGUCCAUGACAUCAGGAGUUUGGCCACUGGAGAGGAUGGAAGAGUGCCAGGGUAGCAAGCCAGUGUUGCAGGAAAGGGUACAACCCCAUGCAAGUCCAAGGGCUGCUAGAAGGCUUAGUCAAACUGGCAGUGCAAAAUCAAAGAUACCAAUGAGCCAUGCAGGAUCCAAGAGCCCGGGGACAGCGUGUCGGUCUUUGCUGUCAAGGCCAACUGCAGAUAGGACCAUUUCAGCUGCGGCCAGGGAUGCUUCAUUCACCUCAAAGGAUGAAGAGGAUCUUUCUGAUAUUCAGGAAAAUGGACCUAUCGGGAGAAGGGCUUCUGAUGGUCCGUCAACAAGAAGGGGAUCAGAAGAAGAGGGUUCUGUGUUGGUAGUCGAUGUUGGCACGCUGACUUUGGCUCCUUCACUGCUUCCCGUUAGACCACCUGAUAAGAAGGAGAAGAUCAGCGGUGUGAAGGUCAUGCAUCGCAGUCGAGUAUGUUACCUGACCACAUUGGAGGUGAAGUUACCAGGAGUUGAAAUUCCUCCAGAAUGGGACUUGUUGCAGACCUGUGCUUCGAGGCAAUUAGCUGACAAUGAAAUCAACUACAAUGUAAGGGAGGUGCUGAAACUUCCGCCAGCACCAGCACUGGAGAUCCUCAGAGGACAGCUGGAAAUCAGAUCUGUGUGUCGACGCCUUGGAGAAAGGGACAGUGAAGAAGUUGGCAGUGCUAGUGUCAGCAUGAUGGACUUAUGGCAGCUCAGUGGCUCAGAGGUGCAGGUACCUCUCUUCCGUUCUGAAGUACCAGAUGGUAAAGAUUCGCUGACCAAGAGACGGAAGGCCAAGAGGAAAGAGGAGGGAGAUGUGAAGCAGUCAUAUGCAAAUUUAACCUUCACUGCGAGGCUAGGGCUUGCGGUGGGACAAUCACAUCAUACUGGAGACCUUGAAGAACCAUGGGAUCUCCAUCAUAGAAAAGGCUCACACGAAGUUGGAUCCCACAUGGGACACCCUGAUUCAAAGCCAAAAGAAAUGCCUUACCUUGCAAAACUGAGAGAGAAAGGAUAUACACAUGCACUUCCUUCCACACCCCCACCACAUGCUGGCCCCAGGUCUCACAGAGAUCCAGAUGGUGAAGACAGAGAGGUUAUACGAAUUUUCAAACCCCGACCUGUUCCGCCUGAGAAUUAUGAACCCUUUCAGUCAGCUGUCUUCAACUCAAUAUACCUCCCGACACACAUGAGCCCGAGAGAAAAAAUUUACAACGGGGCUUGGCAACAGCAACCGGGGAGAGUUGAGGUAGUGGACAGCAUCCUUAGCAGCCCUGUCCCUACCAAGGUUGUUAGCUCCUGUGAUACUGGAUUUCGCAUUUACCAGGGCUCAUUUCUUGCUGGCAUUAAUGGACAUGAUCCUCAGACAAACAACCAGCCUGUUGAAAGUGGGGGAGAAUCUCCAUGCAUCAGGACUAUUGGCGACUUCCAUGCAGACUACAUUGAACAUGCAUUACUGAAUCGGAGAUCAAGUGCGGAGAUGAAGCAGGAAGAGAGGAGAGGGUCCUGUAGGGUGCAUUUAGAAAUCCUAAAAGGCAGAAACCUCCCGUGGGUGGAGGGGCCUGAUGGAACCCUAAAACCACCAAGCUGCUAUGUGAGAGCAACCAUAGGGUCACAUAAUAUCCAGACUAAUAUAUGUCUAGAAGCUGAUAAUCCCAUGUGGAAUUAUGCAGCUGAUGUCUUACUGCCAUAUUCACAACUCUGCCAAACUGAUGGGAAUUUAAUACUAAAGGUUCAUCAUGGAUCCUGGGAUCAGCCACCCUCAUUAGAAGAUCCAUUAAUGGGUUUUGUGUGUGUGGAUGCCACCUCAAUAUGGAGUGGACAUGUCUCCCUCUGUGGCUGGUACCCGUUGCUUGACCUUCGAGGAUGUGUCAGAGGGCAUCUCAAAGUAUCAUUAACUCCUCAUGAACCUCCUCAAGCUGGUGGCCCACCAAGGAAAGCAUGUUACUCAGUGAACCUCCAUGAAAAUGUUGGUCAGAAGGUGAUGCCAGAAACUUACAGAUCUGGGCCCACAUGCUCUCAACGUUCUGACAAGAGCAGUGACACUAGUUUGAGGGAGAGGCAGAGUCAUGUGGCAAGUGAUGCGGAAACUUCUAAAAGAGAGUCUUUAAAACCCCUGUCUCCAAACAUCAUGCAGAAACAUUCUCCCAAAUCCCAGAGAAAAACCUAUAGCAGUGGAAGUGAAGGUAGCACUAGCGAUGCAAGUAGUUCGCCUUACAAGAAUGUUGAUUCCUCUGUUUAUUCCAAGUAUUCUGUGAUAAGCUCUGGGUCUGUUGUUGUUGAUGGUGAGGUUCUGAAUGAUGUGUCUGGAUUUCAUGGUGGGGUGUCAAAUAAAAAGUCCUCCUCCUCACAUGAGAACUUGCGUGCGGCGACAACGGGUGUAGAAAACAAGGCUUCUUAUGAUAGAAAGUAUUCCAGUAUCCCAGUGUUCUCUCCCCACAAAGAUUCAAACAAAUUGGCAGAUCAAGAGAAUGAAAGAAAAAAAUCAGGUGAUAAUCUUCCAGAAGUCAAUUACAGAGAAAAAGAAAAUAAAACUCCUAGUACAUCUGUUCACAGCCAGGGUUUCUGUCGGCACAAAGGAACAGUUAUAGUUAAAGGCGUAGCAUCAGACUCUGAUAAAGGGUCUGGUUCAGGAGCUGGAUCCCGAGUGAGUGAGGAUAAUGAACACAGUACACCAAAAAUGGAGCGAAGAAAAGGCUCUAUUUUGCUCAAAGACUCCCUAAUUGUUUCUCAUUUUAGAAUGCAAAAAGAGGAAGACAGCAACAAAGAAACGGCCUCUCAGGAGAAUAUUCUGCCCAGCCGUGUUCCAUCAAGUCCAAGGUAUGGAGAAAAGGAAAGAACUGUGUCCAAUGAAUGCCCAGGGUCGCAGUCGCAACAACCCAGCCAGCCACCCGCUUCAAGCUCAGGAACAACCACAACAGCAGAUAAACCAAGUUCCUGUCUCAAAGUACCUGGCAGCCCAUCUCUAAGGGCCAAGCAUGUUACCUUUGCUCACAAGCUGGUACAACACCAAGAUAGAGAGAGCUCCAGUGACCAGAGCAGGAGACAGCCAGGCCUUACACAGCAAUCACAUGACUUGUACAGGACAAGCCACGAGACCUUUGGAAGUGCAGUUAAUGAGAGGAAUAUCUUGGAUCCAGAAAGCAGGCAGAAAUUACCCAGAGGGCAUGCACCCACAGAGAGAUCUGACCUGCAGGUUGUGCCAUGUCGUGAGGGUGACACCCAGGUUGUCACCACAACUGUGAGUGCCCAGGGGAGCAGAAGUUACAGUGUAGUUUCAGGUUUUGACAGCAAGGGAAUGAUGGAAGCCAGAAAAUCAAGGGACAACAAGUCAGAUCUCAUCAUGGCCUUUUCAUGGAUGAAUCAGAGUUCAGAGUCGGACACACCUUGUGUAUCCUUCAUUGAACAAAGACAGAAUGUAAAGGAGGCAGAGUCAGGGGGGAAAGGCCAUCAUAUGAAUAACUCGACAGAUAACAAAGGCUCACCAGCUAUGGGAAACCACACUGGAAGUCCACAAAAAAAGUCAAGGAAAUUCAGAAAUAGAUUAGCAGCCAAUUUUCACUUGAAGUAGAGCAAAAACAAUAUAACUUCUCAUUCUAUUGCUAACUUAAACAAAUUUCUAGAUGCUAGUCUGCUGUAACUUCAAAAUACUCUGUCAUGACAGAGCAUGACAAAAGUGCAAUGACCUUACUCAACAAACUAACAAUGGCCCUUCUGUAGAUGCCUAAUAACUUCGAAAGUUGCAUUUGAAGUAUUAGAAAUCUAGCACAAUCCUUGUUCAUGAUUAAUUUUAACGUGUAGUAUCAAAACCUGCUUAAUGUGAUCUCAUUCAAAAUACUCACAAUCUGCACUCUGUAGAUGUCUUCCUGAUAUGGCUUCAGUAUUAUGGUGCUUCUCAUUCAUCAUUAUUGUUCAAAAUCAACAUGUAGAUGUCAUAUUUCUUCCAUACUAUGUACAUAACAUGUAUAAAAAAAAAUGUAUUAAAAGGCUAUAACAAAUUCA